AUGCAUUCCCACUCGGGCCAGUUCUGCCCUGGCCACGCACAAGACCAACUUGAAGACAUCGUUAAGCACGCCAUCGGUCUUGGUUACACCACCCUUGGGCUCACAGAGCAUAUGCCACGGACUGCCUUUGAGGAUUUAUAUCCUGAGGAACUCGACAACCCCGAAGGCUCCCUCGCAGAGCUCUUCCCGCGGCACGAAGCAUACCUCCUAGAGGCCCAACGCUUGCAAGUGAAGUAUGCUUCUCAGAUCCACAUCGUGAUCGGCUUUGAGGGCGAGUGGCCGCGGCCCGCCUACGCGUCCAUUGUGACGCAGCUCGCCACUCACCCCAGCAUCGACUACUUCAUCGGUAGCCUGCAUCACAUUGACGGGAUUCCCAUCGACUACGAUGCCUCGUACUAUGCGCGGGCCAUUGCCUCUGCGGGGGGCUCUGAGGAGCUAGCCGCGGAGCGGUAUUACGACCAGCAGCACGCCAUGCUUACAGCUCUGCACCCGCGCAUCGUCGGCCACUUCGACCUCGUGCGGCUUCUAUCCUCGGAGCCGGGCCGUGACAUGCGGACUUCUUGGCCGGGAGUCUGGGACCGGGUGUGCCGUAACCUGCGGGUCAUAGCCGAAUACGGCGGGUGGUUGGAGUGUAAUAGUAGUGCGUUGCGCAAGGGGCUUGUAGAGCCGUACCCGGCACGACCAAUCGCCGAGGAGUGGCUACGAUUAGGGGGGCGGUUCACACUCUCAGAUGAUAGCCACGGCAUCGCACAGGUAGGCACUAACUACGGUCGCGCGCUUGAGUAUCUGGCGAGUCUAGGCGUGACCAACUUGUGGACUCUACGGCGGGAUCCUCACCCGGGGCUAUCGGCUAAGGGUGAAAAGGCCAAGUUAGUGGAAGUGGCAGUCCCACUAGAGAGCAUCAGAGCCGUGGUGAGUAAGUGGUGA